CCCGCACACCGCACCAGAGCUCUGGACGGGCCCGAGAUCCCUGCCCACCUUGAGCCUUCACAGCACUUAAUACAAAAGGGAACCGCUUCCUCUCUCGCCUUUGCUGCCUUGGCCGGAUAUCGGUGCCUGACUCACAGAAUUAUUACAACAAAAGACGACAUAAUAACAUUAGCUCUACACUCAGUCACACUAUAACAUAACAAGACAUCCAUCCAGCUACUGGGAUACAAGAUAUACAAGAUGGUUUCCGCAAUUCUCCCACCGUCGCCCUUCCACUCACCAUCACAACACCAGCUCCAGAAGAAGAAGACCAUGUCUAUCACGCAGACCUACUUCCUCGCUCACAAGGCACGGGCUAAGCUCUCUUCCGAGGCCGCCCGUCCCGAUCACAACCUCCGACUCCUCGUCGGCCACGCCAACCUCCUCGACUCGUUGAUGCUCGACCUUGCCGACGCCGAGCGAGAACAAGAGAGCUGGUUCAACCAAUCCGUUCGAGGUGCAACCACACCCAAGGCGGAGGAACGACACAUACAAUGGGCAGAUUCAGUACCUGAGGAGGACGACUGGGAAGCCGAUUCAUCAGACUCUGAUGACGACAGUGACAUGGACUAUGACGAGGAUAUCGAGAUGUUCGACGCCGCUCCUCUCUCAAGAAUACCCUCACAACUAGUUACACCACCUUCACCCAAAUUACACACAAUGGAAGCGGAUGAGUUCGAGGAUGAUGAGGAGGACUUUGCCAACCUGGGUCUCACACGUUCACCAUCACACUCUGCAUCGCCGCCGGAUCUCGAGCACGAUUCCGAGUCAUCAGAGGACGAAUCAAUGCCCCCAUCGCCACCUACAGCAACCAUUCCCACAUUCUCCGAGAAGCAGAAUGAAAGCAUAAUAACAGCCAAGUAUUACGAUUCGACACAGGACGAGGAAGACAAAUCAGAUUUCUACAAUGAAGGAUUCUACCUGCCGCCGCGGAAUCCUAACCGAUUAAUCUCGGCGAUAUCAGUCUACUAGACGUCAAUCGCCUUCGUCUUCGUCUACCUCUCUUUUCGAAUUAAUACAUAAUAUAUUGGUCUGGUUCACUACCAAAAAGUGCAUUCAUCAUCUGCAUCUGGGCGGCGUUUCAAAAGGAAUACCACAUAGCGGCAUUGGCAUUACACAACGUUACAAAGCGACGUUGUUUAUCUCAUUUGUUUUUACUACACAGUUGUCACUGUUUUCAUUUUAGAGGAAGGCCCUCACCGGGAGUCAGCAAGGAGGGACAGAAACCCCCAACGCUACUCAUGAUCAUACUGUGAAGUCAUUAUUACUGGCAAUUGGGAUGAUGAAGGAGAAGAAAGACAUGUCACCACUCAGCGAGUUAUCAGGAUUGGGGAGGGGAUGGAUUACUGUAU